AUGAGCAUGAGCGGCGCCAGUGCUGACCCGGUGUCGCCCCAGAUCUCGGUCGACGAGGCGCAGCGUAUUAUCCACUCGCAUCGAAAGGUGCGCUAUGGUACCGCAUGCUGGCCGUGUCGCCAGCGCAAGGUUAAAUGCAAUAAUGAGCAUCCGUGUGAAAACUGUGUGAAGAGAGAGCACAUCAAUCUUUGUUCAUAUAACCCCAAGCAAAGUCAAAAUGUGGCAAAAUCCGACGGCCGAUUAGCUGAGGGUGUCAAACGUCGGCGAUCCGCCGGGAGCGAUUCGUCCUUGAGAAAGGAAGACGACCGUUGGCCGAGAACGAAUGACGAGGAAGAACCUGACGAGUCGCGAUAUCUGGGCCAGAAUAGUAUUGCUGCUUUUUUGAGUGAAGAGACGAGGGUCGGACAACAAGCAGGAGAUGGUGGUCAAGACGUCAUUAGGCAGGACAUUAUGCCCAUUCUAGGGCUGCAAAUAUCAACUGCGCCAUAUCCCUUCAUGUCUAAAGAACAUAUGGAUAAGAUUCGGUUGGAUAUAGCUGCUGCUUUGCCUUCCGAUCGAGAUGUCCUCAAAACUUUCCAAGUCUAUAAAGAGAUCGUUCAACCCUUUUGGGGGUUGCUCAUAGACGUGGAAGAUUUUGAGUCCAAACUCUGCCUCUAUCUUGAAAGCCGAGGCGCAUCUCCCAAGCACCCUGCAGAUGGCGGCAAAGGGGUGUCGUCUGCCUGGCUUGGGAUGCUAUUUGCUGUCCUCGCAGUUGCAACCAACUACACAGAGAUGCCCUACCGCAAACGGGUAGCGGUGUCUCAAACCUACGUCCAAACAUCUUUCCAUUGCUUAAGGCUCUCAAACUUUUUAAUACGACCAUCAUUGGAAUCCCUUCAGGCCCUUUUAAUCCUUGGAUUUGUUCUAGCAAAUGACAUGAAAGCGGAAGCCUCCUGGGCUCUAAUAGGUUUCACUUGUAGACUUGCCCAAGCACUGGGAUUACAUCGCGGGCCGCAUGAGUCUGCGCGUAUAACGCAGCCAACAGCUAAUGACUUGCCAAGGAGGAAGCUCUGGUGGACCAUUGUCUGGCAAGAUAGCCUGCUUUCCCUAUCAUUUGACCGCUUCCCUAUCGCAGUCAUGACACGCUGUCAGCUGCCGCUUGGGCCCAAUGCGUUGACCGAGGGCUGGUCCUAUACCGAGGCGAUGUACCAUCUCUGCCAAAAGAUACUUCAAUAUGUGAACAACGACAGUAGCUCUCAGCCUGACUUCGAACAAAUUAUCAAUAAUUCUCAUGAUGUCGAAAACAUCCGUCAACAGGUCUGCCCACGGCUGAGGCAAAAAGAAUAUUGCAAGACCGUCCAAGAUUGGUUGCAAUACUAUGCCAUUCGCCUGCACACCUCCUUCGUAGUGUCGGUGUUGUGCCGGCCCGCCCUUCGCCGCGGAGAAAGCAUCGGAAUGGAUGUAGCGCAAAAGACUUUGUUGGCAGAGAAAUGCAAGCAAAAUCUCGCUGAGACUGUACGCAUGUACCUCAAAAUGCAUUCGCUGAGCGUUAUUCCAACGCGUUCAUGGGCGUUUACCUAUCACGGCUUAUCAUCAGCCGUUCUCCUUGGAAUCCUUGGCGAGACUAAGACCGAUCCAGAGGUGAGGCAGCUCCAAGGGAAUUUAAUAUCCGCAUUAUCAGCGACAGCUGGGAAAGAUCAAACAGCCCAUCUCCCGCAAUCCGAAAAGGAUAUUGAGCUAAGUGGGCCUCUAUCACGCGCCCUCGCAGCAUUGCAAAAUAUAUACGACCAUGGUUGGGUCGUUGAGGGGAAGGCACCUCUGAAUGGCGACCGGUCGGGAGCCCAGACACCACAGACACAAGACCAAGCGCAGUUUGAGCAGCAACAGAAUGCUGCUAUUGCCAUGGCUUCGAUGCAAAAUGGAUUGAUUCCUCCAUUGGAUUAUCCUCAACAACGAAUGACGCCCUUAGGAGGAGCGCCUUCCCCCCAAACAUCCGAGCAGCAGACCAUGAAUAUGUCGCCGAUGGACUUAUUCGACUCGAUCUUUUGGGAUCCUUAUCCCUACGGUAGUAUGGACCAGUUUAGUUUUGAGUACCCGCCGCCCAUAUACCCGCAAUUUUAG